AUGAAGGUCGCAUCAGUCUUCUUGAGCGCCUUUGUGGCCGCUACGUUUGGCGUUCCUCUGGACCACGUCGUCCAUGAGACUCGUGAAGCUACCACGGCCGUCUUGGAACAGCUGUCUGCACCGGCGACCGAUACAAUUGUCCCUGUGCGCAUUGCUCUCAAGCAGCGCAACUUGGAAAAUGGCAUGCAAUACCUGCUCGCCGUAUCCGAUCCUGCCUCCAAGGACUACGGAAACCACUAUACCAAGGCCGAAGUUGCGAAACUCUUUGCUCCUAGUGCCGAAUCGAUUGAUACCGUCACCAACUGGCUGAUCAAGAGCGGCAUUCCGGCCAAUGAGAUCAAGUCUGGAAGCAGCAAGGGCUGGCUUGAGUUUGCAACAACUGUAUCCAAGCUUGAAUCAAUGCUCAAGACAGAUUAUAGCUUCUAUUCACAUCCUGAGAGCAACACGGAGCAUCUUGGUACCGACAGCUACAUGCUACCCUCGGGCGUCUCACCUCACGUGGACUUUAUCACGCCUGGUGUUGCCAUGGCCCAGGUCAAGAAGAGACGUGCAACAGAGAAACGCGAUGAAACAAAGACUGCGCCAUUCCCCAGAGUCAUCCCAUUUGAGCCCUAUCCAAACCAAAACAAGGCAGCAGCCGCUGCUACAGCUGACGGACUUGACGACUGUGCUAGCCACAUGACACCCGUCUGCAUCAAGGCGCUUUACAACAUCUCUGAUACCACGCUUGCGAACCCCAACAACAAGCUUGGUAUCUUUGAGUCUAAUGAUGAGGAGCAUACACAAGAGGAUCUGGACAUGUUCUAUGGUACAUAUGCACCCAACAUCCCCAAGGGUUUCGGCCCCGACAUCCAUCUCAUUGAUUACCUGAUUACCAAGCCGGACCCCAACAACGCUGUAGGUGAGGCUGCCUUGGACUUUGACGUCGCCAUUCCCGUGGUGUACCCUCAAAGCACAGUUCUCUACCAGACGCACAGCAACUUUAAUGGUCUUACCACUCUAGGAUUCUUAAACCAGUUCCUGGAUGCUGUUGAUGGCUCGUACUGCUCCAAGGACGGCGGUGACGACAUACUUACCGACGGCGUCACGCUCUUUGAAGAAUGCGGCACUCUUGCACCUGCCAACGUCAUCUCUUUUUCAUACGGCCUGACCGAAUCGGCUUGGCCUACCAAGUAUCUCAAGCGUCAAUGUGACGAGUUCCUCAAGCUCGGCCUUCAGGGCAGCUCACUUGUCUUUGCUAGUGGUGAUGGCGGCGUUGCUGGCGGCCACGGCAAAGACUGCAAGGGCAAGAACAAAGAAAUCUUCAACCCUGCGGCACCUGGAUCUUGCCCCUAUGUCACCUCUGUUGGUGCGACACUGUUACCUGCGGGCUCCAAGAUUGGAGACCCCGAAUCUGCUACCAUCCGCUUCGGAUCUGGCGGCGGCUUUAGCAACAUUUGGACUGCCCCGUCCUACCAGACUGAUGCCUUGGCUACCUACUUCGCAAAGCACGACCCUGGAUUCCCCAGUUACAACACCUCCGAGAACAACGUCCCCAACAACGGCGGCAUCUACAACCGCAUUGGUCGUGGCUUCCCCGAUGUUUCUUCUGUCGGAGACUAUGGUGUUAUUGCAUUCAAGGGCAAGUUUGGCCGCAUUGGAGGUACCUCUAUGUCGGCGCCCAUCUUUGCAGCCAUCCUCAACCGCAUUAAUGAGGAGCGCCUCAACGUCGGUAAGAAGGUCAUUGGCUUUGCCAACCCGGCCUUGUACAAGAACCCCAGCGCAUUUCGCGAUGUAACUCUAGGUGCGCACCUUGGCGAUGCUACUUGCAAUGGCAAGGGAUUCUCUGCCGUUGAAGGCUGGGACCCUGUUACUGGCCUCGGUACGCCCAAGUACCCUGAGCUCCUCAAGUACUUUUUGGACCUCCCAUAA